AUGGAGGCAGACGAAUUAGAGAUGGCUAAUUUGAACAAGGCCAUAUAUGAGGACAACUGGUUCGAAGCAAAAGCAUUCAUUGAUCGCCAUCCUAAGUUAUUGGACGUAGAUUUUGGAGCUUCAAGAGGCGAAACACCUCUUCAUACAGCGGCAAAGUUCGGGCAUGUGGCCAUAGUAGAAGAGUUGAUGAAAUUAGUUGAACCAGAAUAUCUUGAAAUAUGGGAUUAUUAUGGCUAUACUCCACUUGCAACAACUGCCACACAUACGGAAUCCAUCCCAAUUGCAAAAUGCAUGAUAAAGAAAAAUAGCAAUGCACUUGCAAUUCCAGCUCCAUGGCCUUGGCUGAUUCCUGUUUCCUUGGCUUUUCUGUCUGGCCACAACAAAUUGGGACGUUAUCUCUAUUCUGUCACUCCUUUGGAAGUCUUCAAACCAGAAAACGGCUCUUUUGUGGGCCCUGAGUUUCUCCGAACCUGUUUGAGAAAUGGAGAAUAUGGUAUUGCCUUGCAAUUGCUCCAACAAUGCACGGAGCUGCUUUUUGCUCAAGACGCGGAUGAGAACUCAACAAUUGCGAAUAUUGCACUCUCUCUUCCUCAUUCUCUUCAUAAAAGUCAACUUCCGUUCUUGAAGCGAUGGGCCUAUCACUGGACAGGUCUACGCCAUUGGCUACUCUCCAGCGUAUAUAAUUUGUCAGGAAUGAAGGAAAUAUAUAAGAUGAAGCUCCAGCAUGCACAAGCAGCUGAAAUUCUAAACCUACUUUGUCCGAAUAUUCUGAUGCUUCUGAAUGUAGAAAAGAGGAAUAUGAUUAGAAUAGCACUGAAUUGUGCAGCUCAGCAGGACAAUGCUGAGUUUGUUUUGCGAGUAACGAAGGCAAACCCGGAGUUAAUCGCACUUGUUACUUCCGUUUGUCUAAACUAUCCCGUUUUCGUCAUUACCGCUGUUGAAUAUCGUAAAGCUGCGGUUUUCAGCCUCUUCCUUUGUCGUCACUUCCAGAUUAUGGCAGCAGCAACACCGGCAAAAAUGAGAGCAGCAAGAGAGACAGGAAAUAACUUGCUACAUUUGGCAGCCUCGUUAGCUCCUGAUUCCUACCUUAACAGCAUCUCCGGUGCCGCACUGCAGAUGCAAAGAGAACUGCAAUGGUUCAAGGCUGUCGAGAGUGUAGUGGAUGCCGGAUACAGGCUACAUCAAAACAAGGAGGGGCUGAUUCCUAUAGAAUAUUUCAAAAAAAACCACAAAGGGCUAAGGGCUGAAGGAGAAAAAUGGAUGAAGGACACAGCAUCUUCUUGUUCAGUUGUUGGGACUCUAAUUGUUACUAUCAUGUUUACCGCAGCUUUAACAGUUCCCGGGGGGAACAAUCAGGAUUCAGGGUACCCAAUGUUUAUCAAGGAGAAGUUAUUUAAAGUUUUCUUGAUUUCAGAUGCACUUUCUUUGUUUUCAUCCACUACUUCUGUGCUCGUAUUUUUAGGAAUCCUCACCUCACGCUAUGCAGAAGAAGACUUCCUUUGCUCGCUACCUACAAAAUUGAUAACAGGUCUUUCUACAUUGUUUUUGUCUAUUGCAACUAUGAUGAUUUCCUUUUCAGCAACAAUAAUGAUCAUGUUGCAAUAUAAUUCACUACGUUUAUGGGUUACUCUUCCUAUUACUAUGCUGGCUGGUGUUCCAGUAACCCUCUUUAUAUUAUUACAAUUCCCUCUUCUUGUUAAAGUGUUUUCUUCUACUUAUGGUCCAAGCAUCUUCAAGAAGAAGGUGGAAGAGUGGUCAUGA